AUGGAGCUCUCCCCGCUCCUCGGGGGGAGCAGGGCAAAGUAUGAAACGCUCAGCGCCAGAAAUCAGAUAAAGACCAUCACCUCAGCAAGGACCCAGCUAGAAGAAGCUUCAAUGAAAAGAAUGGACAAAGAUGCAGAAGCAUUAAAGGCAGCCAGAGCAGAGCUUUGUGAAGUGAGACGACAGUGGCACCAUAUGCAGAUGGAAAUUGAAUCUCUCCACGCCGUGGAAAAGGGUUUGGAACGUUCAUUGCGUGCCACAGAGCAGCAGUACCACACGCAACUACAAAAUUUAGAAGCUGAGAUUGAAUGCUUAGAGAAAGAGCUACUGGAAGUGAGAAGAGGUAUUGAGAAACAGCUUCAAGAGCAUGAAAUUCUGCUGAACACCAGGAUGAAACUGGAGGAAGAGAUAGCAACGUAUCGCAGUCUGCUUGAGCAAGAAGAAAGCAGGUUUCGUUGCUCUCUACCUGACCAGAAGGAUGACAAAAAGCCUACCACUAGCAAGAUUGCCUUUACACUGCCUUCAAGUGAUAUAUCUGCGUUUUCUUUUACAGAUGGUGUAAAGAAGCAUGAAACUGAGAAGGCGGAACUGAUGACAAAACAAGCAAUCCUAGAUGGAAAUAUGAUGAAGGACAGUGCUGAAGCUCAUGGCACUGUACAGACAGAAAAAGUGGAUGAAGUCAUUAAAGAGUGGGAAGGUUCUUUCUUUAAGGACAACCCUCGCUUAAGGAAAAAAUCUGUUUCAUUGCGCUUUGAUCUCCAUCUAGCAGCAACGGAUGAAGGAUGUUUACACACUAAAAAGAAAACGCUUCCUGACAUUGAAGUCAGGCUGGUAAUGAGGAGAUCUUGCAGUAUUCCUUCUAUCAAACCUUAA